GGAGCUAGACAAUGAGGCUUGGAGAUUCUGCUGAUGGACACAAUGUCCUCUACGCUGCAUACUCUAGUCAACCAAACCUGCAGUCUGACGCAAUUGCGGCAUCUCGCCAACAAGUUGCAAAAUAAGCUGCUAUUCUUAUGCACUUCAACAUUUAUUCACCUAUAGCAGUACAUAAUAGCAAAAACUUAACAUACUGAUAGCUUCACUCAUUAUGUUGCCAUUCUUCGAGCGCCUUGAAGAUGCCGGCGCUCCGCCUCGUAUGCUCGUCCUGCGGCGUCCCCAGCGCUGGAUCCUUGUGCUUUAAGUGCAACGGAGAGCUCUCUACCCCUUCGCUAUUCGACUGCGCCAAACUAGGACUUAUCCCGGAGCUCCAGGAGCUCGUACAGCAGGACCCGGCUUUCGAUAUCAAUGCAUUAGACUCAGCGUCAAACGCCACGUUACUACAUCACGCUGCUAUCAGCGGCAAAAUGGGCGUUAUGGAGUUUUUACUCGGGAAUGAAGGAUUGAGGGCGAAAGUGGAUGUAGACGCCCUGGAAGGGGAUAUGCAAACGACGCCACUGUUCUGGGCAGCCUCCCAUAACCAGAUCUACGCGGUGGAACUGCUGCUUCGUCAUAAAGCAGACUUGAAUUUCAGAGAUGGCCUGGGGUUUACGCCGUUUUUAGUGGCGAUUCAACGUUGUUUCCCCAUUACAGCAGCGUAUUUGGUGGCUAAAGGCUCAGACAUUGACCAACGGAUGCAAGAUGGAAGCCAGAAAACAGCGUUGAUGCUGCUUUGUCAGCCCCAGCAGUUCCACUUGGACACGUUCCGCAUGGUACUGAGUCUACAGGCAACGAUCAACGCACAAGAUGCCGACGGGAACACUGCUCUGCACCAUGCAGCCAUGAACAACAUCGCGAUGGCUGUGCGAAUGCUACUAGACGUGAGAGCGGACACGACUCCAAAAUCUAGCGCAAAGGAUCUCAAUCCGAAACAAACGCUCGAAGACAACGUGUACAAGCUCGCGUUUCUCGUGCCGUGGGUGGUGUUUCCUCUCGCUUGUUACGUGCUCGUGACUGUGAGUGGAGCGCUCUACAUCCUGCUGUGUCUUUGCAUUCUACUGGCUGCUGCGAUGCUGCUGCUUAAAUUGUUACAACGAGGUUCCUACGGCGACAAGCGGAAGGCAGCGUCGCUUAUGUUCGGGAUCAACGUCGCGUCCAUCGUGUAUCUCGUCGGCAGUUUUCCUCGGUUCAGUGGCCACUGCAGCACUGCGUUCUGUGCAAUCUCCGCCGUGUCCUGUGCGUCGAUCGGAGUUACGCUGUACAAAACAGCCACGUCUGACCCAGGCGAGGUGUUCACUUCAUACGACGAGAAGCUGCGUAACAUCCGCCACCUCGUCGAGUCCAAGCUACCCAGCGCGACGAAGCUGUGCCUCACAUGUCUACACAAGAGACCGCUACGUGGGAAGCACUGCGCCGAGACGAACUCGUGCAUCGCCAGGUUCGACCACUACUGUCCUUUUGUGGUGAAUGCCAUUGGAGCACGCAACCACGCAGCGUUCCUAGGGUUCCUCUUGUCUGCGGUACUGUCCAUCGGUCUGGAACUCAUCGCGUGUUGGCGGUUUGCACGCGCUCAACCGGAACUCGUGGCGGACUUUACUGUUCACUGGCAGUACUGGAAGUGGAACACGUCGUUGUGGGUGCUUCUAUCGGGCCAAAAUGUUACUGUUGUCACCACACCCGGACUGCUAGACUGGAUGUGGAGUGUCGCUCACUUCCAGCCAUUUCUCUUCUGCGUCAUGCUGCUGGACGUCGUGCAGAUCGCGUGGAUCGCGUACAUGUUGUUCUUCCACGUUUAUCUCAUGAGUGCGGCUCUCACGACGAACGAGGUCGUCAAGAACGAGAAUCUCGAGCGCGCGUACUCUCGUGGGAUUUGGAACAAUAUUGUCGACUUUUUGGGUUUGCCAGGUCAACGACCAGUGGAUUGGCGUCGCAUUUACGAUCUGGACGAGUUCAAGAACCAGAUUGAGUUGGCGUCACAUCAGAUGAGGAAGGAGCUGUGA